UUGUUUUCAAUUGGGAAAUUUUUCUUUUUAAUGGAUUUUAUACUUUAAUUUGUUAGUUGUUCAAAUCCACAGUUCGGUGGAAAUACAAAUUUUGUUUUUUUUUUGGCACACGUACAACAGCAAAAUGAACCCGAACAGCAGCAACCAGACAGCGGCGAAUCCAUCUCCAUCCCAGCCAUCACCCAGCGAGAUUGUGCAGAACUUCAUCGUGGGCGUGGACACGGGGCUGGUGCGUGCAGAUCUGGCCGAUGACUGCAUCCUCAGCCUUUUCGGGCGUCACAUAAGGGGCGUCGUGGGUGUGACUGGCUUCAUCCGCACUCAGAUAUUUAAUCGCUUCAAGCACAUCGGCUUCGAAGAGGCCCGCCCCUGCACUCUGUCGAAGGAGGUAGUCAUCAAGGAGCGGUUUGGGCGAAGCUUUGAUCGAGUGCGCCGCCGGAUCCACGAGCAGAAGGAACGUGACCGCGCCAACGCGGAUGGUGGACGGCGCCCUGCGGUGGGUGAGGUGGAGGAGGAUGUGGACGUGCUGCCGCGCAGCUCCCCACAUCUCGUUACACCGCCACGUCCGGCCAGACACGUCAUGGACAUGCUGCAGUACAUUGAGGCCCGGGGUGUGAUGGAGGACGUCGAGGGGAACAGAAAUGACGGCGGCAUUCAGCUGGGCGACUCACAGCACGUCCUGCUGACGCUGGGCUAUCGCCAAACUCCGACGGCCAGUCUAAGCCUGCGCGACAUCGAAAUCUGCCUGGCCGUGUACGAGGAUUACCGCACAUUUCCACGGCAACGACCACGCGGCUCUGCUGCCAUCACAAGCAAUCCCCUGUCGGAUGACGAGGCCGAAGAACCAGCGGCCAGCAGCCAGCUGCGAAGCAAUCUGCGCAGUGUGCGGCGAACACUCUUCGCCAGGGCUGAGAGCGAAGAGCCGGAACAGAACCCAUUGGAGGACUCAGCCGAGCCAGUGCCCACAGAACCGUCUCCCUCCAGCUCGCAGUCCCAGUGCGAGUCCCAGGGCCCAGUACCAGUGCCACCAACCCCGCCGAUGCCGCCCGCAGAAGAUGGCGUUCCAGAAAUGCCCGCCACCAGUUCUGGAUAUACAACACGCAAGCGCCAGCAGCAGCGUGAGACCGAGGUGGCGGCCAAACGCCCGGGACGUUACGGCCUGCGCUUCUAGGACCAAUGCGCCAGGGCACAAUCUGAAAAGGUUUUCAAUUAAGUUGAAUAUUCAAUUAGUUCGGUUUUAAAUGCCGCUAGCACAAUUUCUAACAUUAAUCUAUGAAAAAAUCUCCCUAUAUAUCGUCCUGUUUGUAUGCUAUGCAUACGAAACCCCAUCCCACAUUCCCACACCCAGUGCCCACCGUUUAGGCAAGAGUAUUCGUAUCUAGGUGCAAAAGACUGAUUCCACUUAUUUGGGCAACACACUCCCCCUCCUCCCUAAUCCCUUUCCCGACAACCCAAAAGUAUGUACUAUGUUUACAUAAAUUCUAUAGUUAUACACAUAUUUAUUUAUUGAAGUUCGAUGUUAGAAAUUAAUUAUACCAAAAUUAUUAAAUAUGUUUUAA